AUGCUUGUGGGAUCCCGUCUCGCGGCCCUCGGGCUGUUGGCUUCGUUCUGCUCUGCCGCCCUACCACCGGCCAUCCGCGCCGUCAACAACGAUCCGUUGGCCAAGUGCCCGGGCUAUAAGGCUUCGAACGUCAAGACGAGCGCCAAUGGCUUGACGGCGGAGCUCAAACUUGCCGGAAAGGCAUGCAAUGCCUACGGCACUGAUCUGGACAACCUCGUCCUUGAGGUGACUUACGAAACGGACAACCGCCUCCACGUCAAGAUCCAAGAUGCCGCCAACGAUGUGUAUCAGAUCCCCGAGUCUGUCUUUCCUCGCCCGCAGGCAGCCAAGGGUACGAACUCCAAAAAGUCUGCCCUGAAGUUCAACUACAAGGCCAACCCUUUCUCCUUCUCCGUCACCCGCGCCAAGACCGGUGAGGUCCUCUUCGAUACUUCGGCCGCUUCCCUGAUCUUCGAGUCCCAGUACCUUCGCCUCCGUACCAAGCUCCCCAAGAACCCGAACCUGUACGGUCUCGGUGAGCACUCGGACUCUUUCCGCCUCAACACCACCAACUACGUCCGGACUUUCUGGUCUCAGGAUGCCUACUCCACUCCUAACGGAGCAAACCUUUAUGGCAACCACCCGGUCUACUACGAGCACCGCAAGAGUGGCAGUCACGGUGUCUUGUUCCUCAACUCCAACGGCAUCGACGUCGUCGUUGACAAGAACAGCCGCUCCGGUCAAUACCUCGAGUAUAACUCCCUUGGAGGCGUCUUUGACUUCUAUUUCGUGGCCGGCCCCAGCCCGAUCGAGGUUGCUAAGCAAUACGCCGAGAUCACCAAGGUCCCUACCAUGAUGCCCUACUGGGGUUUUGGCUUCCACCAGUGCCGCUACGGCUAUCAGGAUGCCUUCGAGGUUGCCGAGGUUGUCUACAACUACAGCCAGGCCAGCAUUCCCCUUGAGACGAUGUGGACCGAUAUUGACUACAUGGACCGCAGAAGGGUCUUUACCCUGGAUCCUCAGCGUUUCCCUCUCGCGACCAUGAGACAAUUGGUCGGCCACCUCCAUGAGAAUGACCAGAAGUACAUUGUCAUGGUCGAUCCUGCCGUGUCGGCGGCAGAGGGACCUGAGAACCCCGCUUUGACCCGCGGUAUCGAACAAAACGUCUUCCUCAAGCGCGAUGACGGUUCCCUCUACAAGGGUGUCGUAUGGCCUGGUGUCUCGGUCUUCCCCGACUGGUUCUCCGCCAACAUCACCCAGUACUGGGACGAUGAGUUUGCUCAGUUCUUCUCUGCGAGCUCUGGCGUUGACAUUGACGGUCUCUGGAUUGACAUGAACGAACCCUCCAACUUCCCUUGCUUCUUCCCCUGCGACAACCCCGAGAAAUCCGCUAUCGGCUACCCGCCUGAGCCUCCUGCUGUGAGGACUCCUCCCCGGGAGCUCCCUGGCUGGCCUUGCGUCUUCCAGCCCGAGGGAACCGAAUGCAAGGAGAAGAAGGCCUUGACCAUUGAGGCCCCUGCCAAGCGUGAUGUUCUUAUUGCUGAGCGUCAGGAGACUGUCGAGGUUAACAUUGCUGCCGGCAAGCAGCUUGGUCUUCCUGGCCGUGACCUUCUCUUCCCCAAGUAUUCGAUCCACAACAAGGCUGCUUACCUGGACUCUUGGAACGCCGACAAGGGCGGUCUCUCUAACAAGACCGUGAAUACCGAUACCAUCCACCAGAAUGGCCUGGCUGAAUAUGAUGUUCACAACCUUUACGGCACCAUGAUGUCGAUUCAGUCCCGCGGAGCCAUGCUUGCCCGCCGUCCUGGCCUCCGCCCCUUCAUCAUCACUCGCUCCACCUUUGCUGGCGCCGGCCACUCGGUUGGCAAAUGGCUCGGUGACAACAUUGCCGACUGGCAACACUAUCGCGAGAGCAUCUACACAAUGAUGGCCUUUGCUUCUAUCUACCAGAUCCCUAUGGUGGGCGCUGAUGUUUGUGGCUUCGGUGGAAACACGACCGAGUCGCUCUGCGCUCGCUGGGCCAUGCUCGGUGCCUUUGCUCCCUUUUACCGCAACCACAACGAGUACCUUCCCGUCAUCGGCCAGGAGUUCUACCGCUGGGAGAGCGUGGCUAAGGCCGCCCGCAAGGCCAUCGAUAUCCGCUACCGCCUGCUCGAUUACAUCUACACUGCCCAGUACAAGCAGUCCCUGGAUGGUACCCCCAUGAUCAACCCCAUGUUCUACCUUUAUCCCAAGGACGCCAACACCUUUGGCCUCCAGCACCAGUACUUCUACGGUUCCGGCCUCCUCGUCGCUCCCGUCACUGAGGAGAACUCGACCAGUGUUGAUGUCUACCUUCCCCACGAUAUCUUCUAUGACUGGUACACUCUUAACGUCGUUUACGGCAAGGGCAAGACCGCCACCGUCAAGGACCAGAGCUUGACUGAUAUCCCGCUCUACCUUCGUGGUGGCGUCAUUGUUCCUCUCAGGGCCAAGUCUGCCAUGACCACCACCGAGCUUCGCAAGCAGAACUUUGAGCUCAUCGUCGCGGUCGGCAAGGAUCUCAUUGCCGAGGGUGAGCUUUACCUUGAUGACGGUGUCAGCCUGGAGCAGCAGGGCGUCACGAACAUCAAGUUCAAGUAUGCCCUGGGCGUUCUGACCGCCAAGGGUGACUUUGGAUUCAAGACCGAUCUUAAGAUCACCAAGAUCACCGUUGUCAGUGCUUUGAGGAAGAAGAGCGUGGAUGUCAACAUCCCGUUGACCAAAGGUUUCACUGCUGUGCUCUAA